CGCUAUAAUUUUGACAGUGUAAAAAUUCUGCUGACAUGGAAGUUAUUUUUGUUGUGUAUCGUCCGAAAUUUUGUCUUUUAAAAUUGGUAAAUUUGUCGAAAUUAUUAACAAUAUUAGCUUGUUAAUAUAAGAAAAACUUUGGAGUACAACUGGUGCAUAAAACUAACUCAAAUGUACAAAAAUCGAUUGAAGUGUGCUUUAUCUACAAAUACAACAAAAAUAACUUAAUAUACGUGUAUGAAUAAACUAAAGAAACAAGUACAACAAAAUAGUAGAAGUUAAUAUAAGCAGCAACUGUGUGAUCAAGUACUGCAACGAAAAACAUCGAGUUAAAAAGCGAAUAUUUGCCGUUGUAACGAAAAUAGGAAAAAAUGUCCAGCAAUGAUCCGAAUGAGCAAGCCGCAAACAUUAGCAAUUUGCAGGAGAGUUUUUCUAAGCAACAGAAAAAGAUUUCGGCACUCAAGGAGCUAGUGCGUAAAUCAGAGGCAGCGCAUGGCAAAUCAACUUCCUCCACUCAAGCCAAAGUGAAAAAUAUAGCACAAUGCCUUACGAACUUGAAAAAUAAAGCGCGUUCUCGACAAAGUUUGCCCGCCUCCAAUCCCACUACAGUGCAGGAAAAUGUGUCCAGUUUUACGCCGAACGAAACGAUUGAACCGGUUUCGGAACAAUACCAACAGCAGCCAACACAAGCGCCUCCACAAUUGACGCAUUCAUUUUCCUAUGUUGAGCAAAAUGUUAGCGCUCCGCCACAGUUCACGCAGACUUCAACGCCAAAUUUUACACCACUCAAAUCGCAUAAUCGCAGUGAUUCCAGUAAAUCACUGACUGGCAACACCAUGCAAGGCAGUGAAAAGGUGCAGCUUUUGCGUCAGCAAAUGGAACAGAAUAAACUGCUGAUGGCACAGCGUGCUUCAAGUAAGCAACAUUUAGAGCAGCUUGUUUCACAAUUGAAGGAGAAAUUCGACACGACACAACAAUGUUUGGAAGAUACCAACGAAUUGGGCAAAUCAAUGAGUGAUCUCAGUGCAUUGAUGGUGCGCUCACCCUCGUCACGUGAGCGACACAAAUCGGCCACGGAUUUGUCGUCGCAACCGUUCUCUUUGGAACGAGAACGCAUAAAGUUUCUUGAAAAUCGCUGCCGCUUACUGGAGAAGCAAUUGGAAAAGGAGCGUCAAGUGCACAGCAAUCAAGACACAACGAAUGCCAACGAAUCAGCAAGUACAAAGCGACUUAAAGAACUGGAAAAUAAAGUGGUUGAGUUGGAGAAGUCACUGGAGGAACGUCAAAGUGAGAUCGAAAACAAAACUAGUGAGUCGCAACAGUUAGCUGAGGAAUUGGAACGUACACGCUCGGAUAUUAGCGCCAAAGAUGAGGAACUCUGUCUCAUGCGACUGAAGCAGGGUGACACCAGCAACGAUUUUAGCGAACUAGCCGAUUUGGAGAAUAACGAUAUUGAACGUCUCCGUAGCGAAUUAGCCGAUAAGCAUGUGCGACUUAAUGAACUGGAGGAGAUCAAUGAUAUGUUAGAGUCUAAUAGGUGCGAAUUAACAUUGAAAAAUAAUCAAUACGAAGAGCAAAUACAACAACUGAAAGCGGAAUUGGAUACGGCAAAUGAGAAAAUAAAGACGGUUGAAGCAGACUUGAAGCGUAGCCAGGAAAAGUGUGUUUCUUUGGAGGAGGUGCUGGAGAAGUUACAGAACACCACCGAAGCAGUUGUUGUAGAAGCUGGUAAAGUGGAUAAUACAACUAGUGUGCAGGUCUCCGAGGAAAUGGCCAAACAAAUACAAGAACUACGUGAUGAAUGCGAAAAACUGUUGGCGGAAAACAAGCAACUGAAGGAAACUAUUAGCGCGCAAGAAAAGCUGGAAGUCUCCGAUGUCAGCAUUGCGGAGAAGAUUGCGGCACUCGAAGCGACCAUUGAGAGCCAACGUGAAGACCUUAAGGAACGGCAAGCCACAGUGAGCCGCCUGGAAGAGGAAGUGAUGGAGAAAACCAUCGAACUUAAUGUGUUGAAUGCCAACUUCAAGGUGCUCGAAGAAAAGCUCGAAGCUAGCAGUAAGAGCAAAUCACUAUUCUCUUCAAGCGCUGUCGAAGCUGGCGAUAACCCAGCACUGGAAGCGGAAAUACAACAAUUGAAGCAAAAGCUCGAUGAAUCCAAUAAAGCAAUGAUAAAACUGAAACUGAAAUGCAAACAAACAGAAAAACAGGUUGAGAAACUGAAGAAAAGCUCGGAUCUGCAUGGUGAGAAUGUGCGCUUGAUCGCUUUGAACGAGGAGUUGCAACAGAAAAUCACCGAGUUGGAGGAUGAAAAGGGACAGUGGCAGCUAACGCAAGUGGAGACUGCCACCAAGCCAGCCAACACGGACACUGACGUAGAGGCGCAAGAAAAACUCAAAGCUGAAUUUGAAGAAAAGCAGAAGACACAAGCGGAGACCAUAAGAUUGCUUGAAGAGCAAAAGUACGAGCAAGCGCAACGGCUGGAAGUGGCCGAGGAGAAAUUGCGUGAAUUGCAAGAGCAACUCGACAACAGAGAGGGUGAGGAGACUGCGCGUGUCAAGUCGGAAAUGUCCGAAAUACAUUUGGAAGAGAAGGUAGAAGAGCAGGCACAGCAGUUGCAGGAACUUGAAGAACGUUUAGCAAAAACAAACAACGAAAUAGAAGAACACAAACAGCGCGUUGCUGAAUUACAGGAACAAAAGCAAACGGCUGACAAGAAACUGGAGAAUUACAUGGUUGAAAAUAUGGAACUCUUGGAUAAAAUUGAAAAACUCAGCAAGUCAUCCUCCUCGGCCGAAUCAAUUGAAAUUGUUGAACGGUUAACGCAGCAGGAGCGCGCCGAAAUCGACGAAUACAAUAAGCAACUAGAUGGCGCUGUUGUCAAUUCAGUCAACGAACUAACCCAAACUGAGCUGGCACCCGAACUGAGCGAUAGUCUGGUCAAAUUGCGUGAAGAAAGCUCUGAAUUGAUGAAUAAAAUCGAAUUAUUCACAACCGAGCGCCGCGAAGUGCUCGAACGCAUGGAACAUCUGACAGCCGAAAAUCACGAACUCAUCGAGAAAGUCGAAGAACUAACACGUGAGAAGGAAGAUAUGGAGACAAACGUGCUGCUGGCGAAUGACGCCAAAAUCAAGCUAGAGGAACGCAUCAAGGAGCUAAGUAAAGAGAAAGAUCAGCUGGCCGUGCAAGUGGCCGAAUUCAAAGUGCAAGGCAAUCAGCUCUCACAAGAGCUCUCCUCGCUGCAAAAAUCCUCGGAGGUUGUGGCGGCGCUCGACAGCAAAGAUGACGCUGCGCUCAUUGCGAAGUGCGAGAAGUGUCUGACGAAUCUAAGUCACGAACUGGAGAUCUACCGCAAGGCCAACGACAAGAACGCCAAAUUUAAUGCUUCCAAAAAGCUGGCGAAAGAAGCAAAGAAUGCGCACACACAGCUCAGCGAGCUCUUGCAGAAGGUAAAAGAGGCCAGCACCGCCGUGGAAACAGUAACGGUGGUGGAGACGGUGGUCGCAGUGACGGCGCCCAACGGCAAAGCUUUGGCCGAAUACGAACAGUUGACAACACAGAAUCGGCUACUCAAGGAAAGAAUCAAGGACCUCCAACAGGAGCUGCAAGAGGCGCGUGAGGUUGACGAAGACGUUACAGCGGCAACGACAACGCAGACAGCUGCAGUGCCAGCUUUGACUGAGGAUCAAGCAACCAUAGAGCAACGCGAGCAACAAUUGGCGGAGCUCAAGCGGUACGAAGAGCAAUGUGUGGAGUUGCAAUCGACGGUGGAAAAUCUACGCUUGCAGUUGGUCGAGGCGCGCACGGCGGGCGAAGAGCGUGGCGGCGAAAUAACACAGCUGAAUGAGGAAUUGGAAGCGCUGAAGAAGAGCUCAAGUGAACUGGAAAGUCUACUGAACGACAAGAAUUUGACACAUGAACAAGAGCUGAAGGAGCUGACGCGUUUGAGGAAGGAGUUGGAAGGCAAAUGCGAUACUUAUGAAGGCGAAAUGAACAUACUGCAGACCUUGGUGACGGAACAGAAGCAACAGCUGAUAGAGGCCUACAAAGAGCACGAGCACGAAAACAACAUGAAACUGCUUGAAUUGCAAGAACGCGACGAGCAAAUCCUGCAGCUGCGUGACGAAAUCAAGGAGCUUAAGCAUGCGCUUACCGCUGCAGGCGAUCAGUUGUCCGAAGAUUUGCGCAAAGAAUGCGAAAAGUUGCGCGAAGCGUUGAAAAUCAAUAAGAACUUAGUGACCGAGCAGGUGAAUGAGCUCUCGAAUAAGCAGGAAACCAUCGAAACGCUCAACCAGCAAAUAAUCGACUUGUACAAAACAAUGGAGGAGAAUGCCAAUAACAUCAUAGAUAAGGAAGAUGAAAUCGCGAGCUUGCAGGAGACUUUAGAUGCCAAUAGCAAAGAGCUUGAAGGCUUACGCAAGGAUAAUGAACAACAGAAGACGGUUGUGGAUAAACUGUUGAUUGAGCUGCACAGCCACCGCACCACCGUCGAGCAAGUGCCGCAACUCGAAAGUGAGGUGCGACGUUUGGAGGAAGAAACCAAAAAGCUAGACAGAAGCAACAAAGAGCUGGAGAAACGUAACAAAGAUCAGCUCGAGAAGCUUAAGAAGUACGCUGCAAAUCUGAAGAAACGCGCUGCACAAUGCCAAGAGCUCGAGGCCAAGGUGAGUGAGUUGGAAAAAGGCAGUUUGGAGGCCAUGCAAACCAAACAACAGAACGCCGGUAAUGAAGAACAACUGACGGGCGAAAUUAAGAAGCUAGAGAGUCAAAUCGAUGAACUGAAAACACAAAUUGCAGCAAAAACAACUGAAGCAAAUGCGACAACAGAGCUUAGUGAGCGCUUGAAAACUCAGCUGGAAGAAAUGGAGCGCAGCUUAACGGAGAAGAAUAACGAGAUCGUACAGUUGCAAAUAGCGUUGGUCGAUGCGCAAGAGCAGGCCGGCGGUUGGGGCGACACAGCGCUUGAUAUGGCGCAGACGGAUAAUACCGAAAACGAGGCGCUAAAGAAACAGCUGGAAGAGAAGACACGAAAACUGCAAGAGGCUGAAGCGGAAAUUUACAGCAUGCAAGAGGAGCUGAUACAGAAGCAGUCCGCAGGUUGGGGUGACACGGAACUUGAUUUGGCGCAGACGGAUAAUGCAGAGAAUGAAGAGCUGAAGAAACAGCUGGAAGAGAAGACACACAAACUGCAAGAGGCUGAAGCGGAAAUCUACAGCAUGCAAGAAGAGUUGAUACAAGUGCGCGAAAGUGAGCGUGAAAAAUUCUUCGCCAUCAAAGACAUACAAGAAGCGCUGCAGCAUAAGAGUGAGCUGGUGGCAGAGCUGCAGAAGCAAAUGCAGAGUCAUACGCAAGCGGAUGAUAUCACGCAAACGCUAGAGGAUAAGGUGCACACCUUCGAAGCACGUCUGCAAACGUUGAGUGAAGAACUGAAAGCAAAAUCCAUUAAGUUUGAAAAAUCGAAGGCAGUCAUCAAGGAGCGCAACAAUCAGAUACAACGUCUGCAGGCGCAACUGAAAGAUCUGCAAGACAAGUUAAGCGCGCGUCCUGAAGAAGAAUACAUUGAGCCACCGAUAAGUAUGAGUGCGGUGGCUGCCGCGCCAGCACAAGUGCCUAAAGACACCUACGAUGAACUGCAAGCGGCCUAUGAGAAGUUAAGUGAACGUUUCGCGGUAGAGCAAACGAACUUCCAGACAACUAUUGGACGUCUGGAGACACUACACGAUGGCAUACAAGCCAAACUGCAGGAGAACAUGUCCUACAUUGAGACACUCGAGCAAGAGAAUACCGCUUACAAAGAGAAGAUUUGUCGUCUAGAGGAGGGCAUCGCCACCUUCGAAGAGCGCCGCGCCUCGAUGGAACGCCGCACGAAUCUGUUGUGCGCGCAAAUGCAGACACGCGAGACCGAGCACGAACAGGCGGAGGAUGAGCUACUCUAUCGCCUCAAUAUGCUAUCCGAGCAUGACGACGUCAUCGCACAGCGACUGUUGCAGACGCAAGAGGAAAAGGAUGACCUGUUGGAUCGUAUCGAACGUAUGCAGGCCGAAUGCAAUGAGUUGAGCGAUAACUACGCCAAAAUGGAGAAGGAAUAUCAAGCAUAUCGCGCGCAAAACGAAGCACAGAUCGAGACGGAGACUCAGCAGCUGCACGAACAACUCACAGGGGCGCGCGCCGAACUAGAACAUUUGCGUAACUCGUACGAUGCCAAACUGGCCGUGAAGACCACAGAACUGGAUCAGUUGGAAAGCGAGUUGAGCGAACAACUUUCUCAACUUAAUAGCGAGAAACGCUUGGUAGCAGAAGAGCUUGAGCGCGCGCAAGACGCCUUGCGAGAACACAACAACAACUAUGACAAAAUGGAAACCGAAUAUCGCACAUAUCGCGAACAAAGUGAGGCGAACAUCGCAGCCGAUACGCAACAGCUGCGCGAACAACUCAGCGCCGCACAAGCUGAAUUGGAGCACUUGCGUGGCGUUUACGAUGCCAAGCUGGCAGCCAAAACCACGGAACUCGAUGAACUUGAGAGCGAGCUGAGCGAGCAACUAUCGCAAAUGAAUAACGAUAAGCGCGCCACCGCCGAAGCGCUUGAGCGUGCGCAGGAUGAGUGCAAUGCGCAAAAAGACGAAAUCGUACGCUUGAAAGAGUCUUUGAACGCCUUGGAACAGGCCAAGCAGGAAUUGGAGCGCGAGUCCACAUGGCUGCGCAUGCAAAAUGAGGGCAGUCAACAAGAUCAAUACGAAUUGCAGGAGUUGCGCAUGCAGGCAUUGCAGGAUAAAACCGAAAUCGAUAAUUUGCGCCACCAAAUCGAAACGCUGGCGAACAAUCACGAAGUGGAAUUGCAGGCUUUGCGUACGCAAAUCUCCGAAUUGGACACGCUACGCAUACAGGUUGGCCAAAACCAAACGGACGACCAAGUAUUCAUCGAAACGGAAAACAAACGUUUGACCGAUUUACUUGCCGAAAAGGAAGCUAUCAUCGAGAACUAUCAGCGACAAAACUUGCAGCUACAAAUGGCAGCAGCUGCCGCCGCACAACCACAAGCGGCGACGCAACAAGAUCCACUCGCACUCGCCUUCGGCUUGCCACCACAGGGUCCACCAGCCACAAGCCACACAGCGCCACAAGGCGAUGAUAACGUGCGCCUGCAGCGUGAAUUAUUGGAGAAGACCGAACAGCUUGCGCGUCUUCAACACGAGCUAAAUGCCAUACAGUCUGAAUUCCACAGCGCACGCGAUGGUAAUCAAGAACUACAACGCCAACUGGCAGCGAAGACACAAGAGGUUGAAAAUCUACGUAGCUCCAACUACAACAACACACCAACGGCAGCUGCGGUCUUUGGGCAACAACCACAACAGGAUGACAUACCAGCGCCACUGUUCUUCAGUAGCGAGCAGGCGACACCAUCACCAUUCGAUGAAAUCGUGCAAGUGCGCACCGUUGAAGGUCUGGGUAGUAGCGCGCGCACCCACAAUGUUGUGAACCCCGUAAACAGUGCAAUAGAACAGCCCACAAUUGAAGACCUCCAACGCAACGUAUCCGAUUUGGAAAAACAUGCGCAAGAGCUCGAGAACAAGUUGGCCACGCGCAAUCAACGCGAAGUGGAAAUAGAAGAGCGCCUACGCGAGACACAACAAGCGCUCCGCGAAUGCGAAAGACAGCUGCGAGAACGCGCCGACGAGCUGAAUGCACUGCGCGCUGAGUUACAGCAAUUGUUGGCGGAAAAUGAGAGACUUAAAGUGGCCGACGCAGCCGCGCAACAAGAAGGUGAACAGUUAAGAGGCACUUUAACAGCCACGCAAACCGAAUUGACGCAGCGUGACGAGCAGCUGAAACGCUUGGAAACACGUUUGCAGGAGACACAAGUGCACAGCGAUAGUCAGGCGAGCGACUUGAUGGGUCUGGGGCAAUUGCAAAGCAACUUGGAACAAUUACAGACAAUGCUGCAGCAGCGCGAUGACGAGUUGAAUCAGCUGCGACGCGAGCUUGAAGACGAGAAGACACUCAAAGAACGCACAUCAGCGCUUGAGAGUCAAAUUAUACCAGCCACGCUGGCCAAUUUAGACAUUGGUGGCGCGUCGAAUGCAGUGCCCACAUUGGAUAUGUUCUUCGGCGGUGCUGGCGCUACUGGUGCCAACGACUUUGAGACACUAGUCAUACCGCCCGUGUCCAACGUGCCUGUGGUGGAAGAAAUGAUUGUGCCCGAAAAAGCCUAUGUGUAUCAACCGCAGGGCGAAAAAACUGCACCUAGCCAAUCGAGUACUUUUGAUUUUGCUAACCUUGGUGACAACGUAUGGGGCGCACAGGAAGCAGGCAGACAGGGCGCGCCUAGCCAAUCGGGUGCGGCUGCAUUUGAUUUUGACCUUGGUGACGACGUAUGGGGCGCACAAGAAGCUGCUGCCGAAGAAGAGCACUUCUCCAAGACGGCAGCAGGCAGACUGGACGCGCCAGUAUCACUGGUGCCGCGCGAGCAACAACUCGAAAUACAAUUAGCCGAACAGGCUGAACGCGUUGCCGAGCUUCAGCUGGCGGUCGAGCGUUGUGAGCAACAAAAGCAAGAGCUACAAGUCAAAUCAGGCAAACUUAUGAAGAAACUCAAGGAGUAUAAGACCAAGUUCGAUGAGCUACAGAGCAGCGUCGGAAAGAGCGCCAAAUCAACAGAUGCCUCUACAUCGUUCUUUGAUCUGGACGCCGCCAUACAAGAUGAGCUCAAGUCGCAGAUUAAGCAAUUGGAGAACACUUUGCAAGAGGAGCGCAAACAACACGAAUUGCAUGGAGUUGAGAAGGAGAAGUUGCUGAAACGCAUCGAUGUGCUGACGGCAGGCAGUGAGCGCAUGGCCGAAAUGAAGGAGCGUCAAGAUAUGGAAGUGCAAAUGUACCAAGCGAGAAUCAAAGAAUUACAGGCGAAGGUGAAUCAGUUAGAAGAUUGGGGACCAGAUGGGGAGGCUGGCAAGGAAGCGUCUUCAGAGGGACAACAACAGCAGCAAGAAGUGAAGCAGCAGCCUUCAACAAGUGUUGCCAACGUCCAAGUGCUUGCUCCACCGUCGACAUGGGAGACCGAGAAACAGCAACUAAGCCAACGCAUUGCCGAGCUAACAGCCGAGAUAGCAGAUAUCAAUGUUGACCGACAAGAACUCCAAGCGCUGUUAGAAGACGAAAAGGCGAAUGUGCAACGCGCAGAGGAGGCACUGAAGCAACUACAACAACAACUAACCGCACGGGACAGCGAAACUGCAGCACAUGAAAGCGCGGAGAAGACAAAGUACAAUGAGCUCAAGGUGGAACACCAUCAGCUGCAAGAGAAAUAUAAUACGUUGCACGCGAAUAACGAAGAUCAAAUCGGCGAAUUGAAUCGCCUGAAGACGCGCGAAGAGCAGCUAAAUGUGGCCUUGCAGCAAGCUGAACAGAAUUUGGAAACUUCCCAGGCCACUAGCGCGCAGGAGGAACAACUGAGAGUGGCGCUUUCGAAGGCCGAAAGUAACUUGGAACAAGCGAAUGCUGGCUUGGAGCGGCUCGAAAGCGACUUGACGGCGGUGCAGUCACAAUUACUGGAGCUACAGACAAAGAAUGCCGAAUUGUUGCAAGCAAAUGAGGAACUGCAGAAGGCGAACGCGCUCACAGCGAACACACAACAAACUGAAACAGCACAGUUGGGCACGGAGAAUCAACAACUACGCGCGCAAAUUGAAGCUUUGGAACAGCGCGUGCAAGUCUUGCAACAGGAGCUGACGAAACAAGCGAGCGCCACAAUUUCAAGCAGAAGCUUGAGCGUCAAUGACGAUGUGGACGAGCUCAAUGCGCAAUUGCAAGAGAAAGAAUCGGAAAUAAUGCAUUUGAAGCAGCGCAUAGAGGAUUUGAUGCGCGAAGACCAAACCGAAAAGCUGGUGUUGGAAAUACUAACCAAGAAUCAAGAGAUACAUUUGCUGAAGAUGCAAGUGAAAAACCUGGAGGACGACAAGCAAGAGCUAGAGCACAAUCUCGCUGUGCAAAUUACCAGCGAAAUGCAGGCGCAGAAGAGCGACACAGACGGCGAAAGUGCGCAACUGCGUGAGCGCACCCAGCAGCUGGAGCACCAACUGCAAGCGCUGCAAAGCGAAAAGCACGACAUGGAAGAGGAGCUGAAGGUGCUCAACAAUCAUGUGAUGAGCAGUCUCGAGAACGAAGACAAGCUGAAGGCAGCAGCGCUGCAACUCGACACGCAAAGCAUUGAAAUCGCUGAACUGCGACGCACCAUCGAGGUGCUCAAAGCGAACAGCAAUGCGACCGCCGCACCCGCAGCGACCACACCCGCAGAUUACGCCGCUUUGAAUGCGCAAUGGGAGGCGAUUGUCGAACAGAAAUGCGGCGAAAUUGCCAAAAUGUGGCGUGAACAUUUGGAGCAACGCGAAGCGGAAUUCAAAAUGACAGAGGCGCGUCUACGCGACGAAAUCGCCGCUGCCGCACAACGCCAGGCACAGUCACGCGAACAGGGCACCCAACCGGGCAACUCUGCUGAAACCACUGCCACGUCAACGCCCGCCUCCGUAUCGACCAGCCAGUCGGGCACAUCCUCAGGCGCGGCAUCCAAAGAUGGCACACCGCUACGUCAUCGCAUCAUCAACGAAGAGCACGAGGCAGAUGCGGACGCGAUCAUCGAGAAGAUGCAAGCGGCGCUCGAGAGUCAAGAGAUGGAGAUCGUCACGCUGAAGGAGCAAUUGGCCAUACGUUCGGCGGAAUAUGCGCGUCUCGCGGCACAAUACGAUCCCUUCAAACUGCAAAAUACCUCGUCGCAUAGCGGCAUCAGUGGUGGCAUGCCGGCCGAACCGCGCCGCAACACGAACUCGCCGAGCGGCAACGAUGCGACGCUUGUGCCGAAAUCAGAAUUAGACUUUGCGCUCUAUAUGUUGCAUCAGCGUGAUAUGCGUUGUGAAGAGAUGACACUGGAGCUGGUGUCGCUGUUGGAGGAGCGUGACACGCUGCAGCUGAAACUAUCAAAUACGCUGCGUCAAGUGGAGGCCAUCAAAACGGCGACGAAUUAUGUCGAGCCUCCCAGCGCGCCUGUCGAUAGCGCAGCGCUUGCGUCACCAACUGCCGCCGCGUACAAUCAAAUACCGCGCGCCACUGCUGCCGCCGGUGACUCGGCCGCUGAAUUGAGCCAAAAAUUGUCUCAAUUGCAAACUGUCAAUCAUUCCAAGGACAAGGUGAUUAAAGAGGAACGCGAUCAGCGCAUACGACAAAUGGAAAAGAUACAACAGGAUGUGGCCAAAAUGCCGCCAGCCGCUGUUUCCGAGUUGGUCGGCACUGAUGCAGCGCAAAGCGGCCAAUCACCGUCAUCUGUGCUGUUGAACUGGUUGUGGGGUAAUAAGCCCGAUGCUGGCGGUGCGGCGCCACAUUAAAGCAAUAGAAUAUACAAUUAUAGAUAUUAACAACAACAACAAAAACCGUUCGUGACAAUAUACGAAUUUCAGCGUAAGCGCAUACCGAACACUGCUUCAAAGACCGUUGUGUAAUCCUCACUCAGGCUGUAUUGCGUACAUCAGGUGUUCACAUCACUAAGCGCCGUAUAUCAGUUGUUAUUAUCUCCUCCAAUGUUAUUCCACGAUAAAUACGAUAAAACUAAGUUUUAUAAAUGUACCUUAUUCUACGUUCGAUUUAAUUCUUAAUUAACAAAACUGCAAAAAUUUUAUGUAAAUAAUGCUGCAGCUGAAUAUAUCAAAACAAGACAAAAAAAAACAAAAAAAGUUAUCGGGUUUAUUUAAUAAUUGCGUAAUUGAAAGUAUCUGAAAUUAACUCUGUCAUUCUGUAGCCUAAAAUGUAUGCAUAUGUAGUUGUAAAGAGAAAAAACAUUAAUUAAAAAGAAACUCUAUUUAGAAAAUUAUUGGAAUUAUUAUAUGAUGAAUGAUAGUGAAGAAAUACAGAAAUAUAAAUUGUAACCAUA